AUGGCAAAAAACGAACCAAAUAGGAGAACUCUACGAGAUUUUGCUUUACCGGGGACACAAGGAUCUCAAACUAGUAUCGCAAGACCAAUGGUAAAUGCUAAUAAUUUUGAAAUUAAACCAUCACUGAUUCAAAUGGUACAACAAUCUCAAUAUGGAGGUAAUGCUACCGAAGAUCCAAAUUCUCAUUUGUCAACAUUUCUUGAAAUCUGUGAUACAAUUAAGUUUAAUGGUGUUAGUGAUGAUGCAAUUAAACUUCGAUUGUUUCCAUUUUCGCUAAGGGACAAGGCCAAAAUUUGGUUACAAUCUCAUCCUCCAAAUACUUUCACUACUUGGGCUGAUUUAGCUAAAGCUUUUUUUAAUAAGUUCUUUUCACCUGGAAAAACUGCUAAACUCAGAAUGGAUAUAACUAGUUUCUCUCAACAGGAAGGAGAAACAUUGUAUGAAACUUGGGAGCGCUAUCGGGAAUUACAACGAAGAUGUCCUCAUCAUGGUUUACCAGAUUGGUUGAUAGUGCAAACAUUUUACAAUGGUCUCACUUAUCCAACAAAGAUGCAUGUAGAUGCGGUAGCGAAAAGAGCAUUGAUGGAAAAAUCAGCCGAGAAAGCUCAACAAUUGAUUGAAGAAAUGACUGCAAAUAACUACCAAUGGGCCAACGAGCGAGGUAAUACAAGGAGAACCGCAGGUAUGCUUGGAGUAGAUACUUUAAAUAUGCUAAGUGCAAAGAUGGAUAAUGUGGUUAAGAUGCUUAAUAGUCAAGUUGGUUCUAGUUCUAAUCAACGAGUAGUUGUUACAUGUUGUACUACUUGCGGCGGAGAUUAUGAUGAUUUUAUGUGUUCUAGCAGUGAACAGGUUCAAUAUCUCAACAAUUACAACCGUUCACCCCAAAAUAAUCCAUACUCCAAUACCUAUAAUCCAGGAUGGCGUAAUCACCCAAAUUUUGGAUGGAAGGACAAAGGGAAUCAACAAAGACCAAUUAAUCCACCGGAUUUUCAACCAAAGCAACCAUUUCCGGAGUCCAAACCAGUUUGGAAAUUGAUAAUUGAAAAGCUGGCAAAUGUAUCAAAUGAUAAAAUUGAAAAGUUAGCUAGCGCCACUACUCAACGAUUUGAAAGAAUUGAGGGAAGGAUGGACCAAAUCACCAAUAUGUAUAGAAAUGUAGAGGCCCAAUUAGGCCAAAUUGCUAAUGCGGUUAACAAUCGAAAUCAAGGGAAUUUAUCUAACAAGACUGAGGUGAACCCAAAGAAGCAUGUAAAGGCCAUAACCCUCCAAAGUGAUAAGAAAAUAGGUGAGCCACAUGUAGUUGAAAGUGAGAGAAACUAUGAAAGAAGAGAAACAAGCAGUUGA